AUGCAAGCCAGGGAUAGGAGGCAGCACUAUUAUGUGAUUGAGUUGAUGCAGCGUUUACUAGGUUGUUCUCACACGAGGUAUCAGCGGAGUGGAGGCAGUGGUCUGAGUUUGUGCAGUACGUGGGUGUGUUAUCUUCAUGAGGAAGACGACGUUGUGGAAUGUCGUCAGAUUGGUGAUGAGAUGAUUGGUUUGGGUGGGGGGGGGGGGGGGGGGGGGGGGGGGGGGGGGGGGGGGGGGGGGGGGGAGGUUAGGAAUUAUUGUGGAGUGUAG